UGCACCUGCUCCGACCCGGAUGCCCGGGCUCCAGCUCCAUGGCUCCAGCUCUGGGCGCGUCCCCGUCCUUUUCUCGGCCUUCUCAGCCUCCCCGUGAAGCCCACCACCCGGGGUCUCCUUGUGGUCUCCCAUCCAAGGACCAGGCCAGACCCCGCUUAGCUUCCGGGUCUAGUCCGGGCGGGGUAUUGCAUGUGGAAGCCCCCGCCCCCGGUUAUUCUCCCCGUGACUAACUGUUGCUUCUUCAAGGAAGCUGCGUUGAAAGACUGAACCGGGGAAUGGCAUCUCCUCCUGAGGACGCCCCCCCCAAGCCGGCCCCAGCCAAGCCCCUCACGGACCUGGAUUUCCGCUCCGGGGUGCAGAUCGAGGAGCUCAACCAACUCAUCCAGGAAUACGACGCCAGGGCCCCCGGGGGCUGCGACGCCCCGGAGCUGUUUCAAGCCAAAGACCUGGUUUUUUCGCUGCUGGGUGAGGUCCAACGAUCCGAUGGGAAACUGCCCCCGGUCAACUGCUACCUCCUCCUCUCCGGCGGAACCCAGCAGGGCACAGUCCACGUGGACUUGCCCUCCCUGCGCCCUCUUUCUCCCGGCGGCGACUACGAUACCAGUUUCACGCUCCUGGUGCCGGUUCUGCAUGCGGCUGGGGUGCCCGUCACUCUGGACAUGAAGCACAGCGCCCCCGGCCACGCCCAGAUCAGCCUGGGCCCCUUUGACGCCACAACGCUGCAACGCUGGUCCGAGUGCAGCUCCGGGGACCAGACUUUCCUCUCCGCAGAGCUGGUCUCCGAGUGGUUUUUCCGCGCCUUUUCCUCAGCCGCCAAGGAUCUUCGGGUCGAGCUCCGGGGCCGCGUCACCUCCGUGGUCAUCUGCGUGGGACCCUCCCGCGUCCUCUACGACAUCAUCCCCGUGGUGGCCCUUAGGGGCUGGCCCGAGGUGGCCCAGCCGUGGCUGAGCCAGGCCCACUUCUGGGACGGCAAGCUGAGGGACGAAGACGUUGCCGGCAGCUUCUACCUCCUCCCUUCGGCGUCCGGCUCCGACUGGCAGCUGGCCUUCUCGGCUAGCGAGCUGCACCUGAGGAGGAUCCUUCCUCUCCCGCUGCUGCGGUCCCUGCGCGCCGCCAUAGCUGCCCUCCCCUGGGGAGGCCUCCGGGGCCUGGGGCCGUACCACCUCUUCGCCCUGAGCUUGUGGUCCUGCGAGCGACUGCCCAGCAGCUACCUGGCCCAGGAGGAGAACGCAGCCCACUCCUGGCUGGGGCUCCUGGACGACCUGUGCGCCAGCCUGCUCCACGGGCACCUCCCCAACUACUUCCUCCCCCAGUGGAACCUCCUGGAAGGCCUGUCCCCUCGGGCCGCACAGACCCUGGCUCGGGCGGUGGCCCAGGUGAGGGCCGACCCCUCCAAGUACCUCCGCCAAGCGGUGGAAGGGGCAAAAGAAGCCAAGCGGCUGGCCAAGGCCUAUCGCUGCCAGCUGCCAUCCCCUGCGGCCUCCUAGCCAUUGGGCCAGUUCCGCAGGGACAGACCACGGCCGACCCACCCUGAGUUCUUCAGGCAGAAGGCAAAACCAUCCGGGAGCCCCAGACCUUUCCGAGAAGCCAGCGGGAUGCUUCCCAGGUUGGUGGUGCCAGCCUUUGGGGGGGUGCAGGGGGCACGCCAACCGGGUGACCUCUGCAGAUAUGCUGGAAUGUGACCCCAGGCUGGCCGGCGGUGAUGGGAAUUGUAACCCCCUGGCCCGGGUGGGAGGAAAGGGAGGGGAGGAUCUGGGGUGCAGGAACGGCCCUGUGUUCUGCCAUCUUGAAAUUGUGCCUUAAAAUGACAUUAUGGCCUUGCAACCUUUGGCAGCAAAACCAGGUGACUGUACCUCUCUCCUUACUGUACUCUCAGUAUGUGCUUUCAAUCCAGUGAUUUCAGACACGGAUUCCUGCCGAAAGGGAUCCAGGACAGGCCCUCCAGAAGUUUGGGACUUCAACUCCCAUUAGCCUCGGCUAGCUUAGCCAAAGACGGGUAGCUGUGGUCCAGCGUGGCUGCAGGGUGCCAAAUUGCACAAUGUAGCUGAAUCCUCAGCCCUAACCGUGGGCUUCUUUGGGCCGGGGUGUGUGUGUGUGAAAUGUCAGUGAAGAGGGUCUGGGACAUUUGGGUUGAACGGGAAGAAAAGACCUUAGCGUACCUCUUUGUAGCCUGCUAUCCUCCAGAUGUGUUGGAUUACAACUCUCACAAUCCCUAGACAGCUCAGGAAUUAUCCAACACAUCUGGAGGGCCCUGGGCUAGGUAGGUCUGUCCUACAGAAUAUUAGAAUAUCACAUGUUGUGGUUAUAUGUGUAACCGUGCACUAAUCGUAGUUCGGAAAAGCAUUAUCUGGGCACUGUACUGUUACUUUCUUAAUCGUUAAAUGGCGGGGAGGGUUGUAGUCCACUUCUCCUGUAAACCAUUUUUGCACCAGCACCGUCUGUCUGUCUGUCUACCUGCCCACCCACCCAC